AAUACGCGAUUGUGAUUUACGAACAAGUGCAUACGACCACUGUAUAAAUACCGGCGGAUCUUUUUCGUUGUUUAAGGCUCAACCCGUUCGAAUCUCCGGUGCCGAGAGAUUGGCUUCCGCAGUUGCAACGGUUAUAGCUUCGUUGUGUUGGAAUUUUUUCCCGUUCAUUUUUUUUUUCCAUUUCGUUGCGUCCAACCACCAUGAAGUUGAUGAGUGGAUUAAUCGUGUUCUCCGGGUUCCUCUUGAGCUCCGUACUCGCCGACUCUGUUGUCGAUCUAUCAGACUCUGAUUUCGACUCGUCGGUGGCCGAAUAUGACACGUCUUUGGUCAUGUUCUAUGCCCCGUGGUGCGGACAUUGUAAGAAAUUGAAACCCGAAUUUGAAAAAGCGGCAAAGACUUUGCUGAAAGAAGAUCCUCCUGUAACAUUAGCUAAGGUGGAUUGUACAGAAGCUGGGAAAGAAGUAUGUAAUAAAUUUGGUGUCUCUGGAUACCCAACCAUAAAAAUUUUCCGAAAUGGUGAAGUUUCUAAAGAAUACAAUGGACCCCGUGAUGCAGCUGGCAUUGUCAAGUACAUGAAAUCACAAGUCGGACCAAGUUCAAAAGAUUUAUCUUCAGAAGACAUUAUUAAGAACUUCUUAUCUAAAGAUGACGUGGUAGUUGUUGGGUUCUUUGAAACAGAAACUGAUCUCAAGGGCAAAUUUGUUCAACUUGCAAACAAAUUACGAGAAAAAGUAAACUUUGGUCAUACCACUUCACAGUCAGUAAUUGAAAAAUAUAACUACAAGAACAAUGUUGUGCUCUAUAGACCUAAGCAUUUAAGUAACAAAUUCGAACCAGAUUUUGUUGUUUAUGAUGGAGAAGAAUCAACAUCUGCUCUUGAGUCUUGGAUUACAUCUAAUUAUCAUGGUUUGGUUGGUUACCGCCAAAAGGAAAACAUGGAAGCUUUCAAACCCCCUUAUGUUGGAGUUUAUUAUGCUGUUGAUUAUGUUAAAAACCCAAAAGGAACAAACUACUGGCGUAAUAGAGUAUUGAAAGUUGCCAAAUCUGUAAAAGAUGUGACAUUAGCUAUAAACAACAAAGAUGAUUUCCAACACGAAAUUAAUGAGUAUGGAUUAGAAUUUGUAUCAGAUGACAAGCCUAUAGUCUUGGCACGUUCUCUGGACAACAAGAAAUACAUAAUGAAGGAUGAAUUCUCAGUUGAAAAUCUAGAAAAGUUUGUAAAUGACUUUCAAGACGGUAACUUAGAACCAUACAUUAAAUCUGAGUCAAUUCCAGAAGAUAACACUACACCAGUAAAAGUAGCUGUUGCCAAAAACUUUGAUGAUUUAGUUAUUAACAAUGGAGUUGACACAUUAGUAGAAUUCUAUGCUCCAUGGUGUGGCCAUUGUAAAAGUUUAGCUCCAGUCUAUGAACAAGUUGCUGAAAAGUUAAAAGAUGAAGCUGUGUCUUUGGUAAAAAUGGACGCAACUGCUAAUGAUGUUCCUUCCACUUUUGAUGUUCGUGGAUUCCCAACCUUAUAUUGGUUGCCCAAAGAUAGCAAAAACAAGCCUAUUCGUUACGAGGGAGGCCGAGAUGUAAACGAUUUUAUCAAGUACAUAGCAUCUAAGGCAACAGAUGAACUCCAUGGAUUUGAUAGGUCUGGAAAUCCCAAAGAUGGCAAAGAUGAACUGUAAACUGCGAACUCGGUUCUAAAUUAAACCACAAGGCUGAUUUAAUUUUAUUGGAAUUGGACUACUCUUUUUUUAUUAAAUACUGAGUAGAGAGGAGAAAUAAUUUUUGAAUCAAUCCAAAUUCAAUACAAAACUCACUACUUUAAAUUAUUCUUGAAAUAGAUUGUGCAAAUAUACAUUUUAUAGAAAAUUCAUGCUCCAUUUUCCUAAUCAUAUCUGUUAAAGUAAAAAGUUAUUGUAUUUAAAAAUGAUUAUUCUGUAACUAAAAUUAUAAUUUUAAUAAAUAUGUUGUGAUUUUCUA